GCCCCUCUCACGCCAGGCGGACGCAAGGCAGGUCUUGCGGGCGGCGAGGGGUACGACGAGAUGAAGGACCUCAUUGGGUGGUGGUACGACUGGUCCGGCAAGCCCUCGGGCCACAGCGGCGCACCCAUCGCCGUGCCCAUGCUCUGGGGCAACGGGCACCGUGGCAGCCUGCAGAAUGAUGCAGCCCGCUUUGCGCAGUUCACGAGCACAUGGUCAGCGUCCAACGCACCGCCCUACGUGCUCGGCUUCAACGAGCCGGACUGCGCGAGCGGCGAGAGCGCGAGCAUGUCGGUUGGCGACAGCGUGUGGGCGUGGAACAAGUAUAUUGCCCCGCUGGCGCAGGGCAACUCGCGCCUCAUCUCGCCUGCCAUGUGCGCGCAGCUGCAUGAGUCGUUCCUCAAGCCGUUCUCGGACCAGAUCUCGACGCCGUUCGAUAUCGUCGCCGUCCACAUUUACAAGCCGGACAUCGCGCAGCUCAAGGCCGUCCUCGACUACUUCUGGAACAAGUACAACAAGCCGAUGUGGGUCACCGAGUGGGGCUGCGUGCACGACCAGAAUGGUUUCCAGCCGUGCUGGGACCAGGGGCAGAACGCACAGUUCAUGAGGGACGCCGUCCGCACGUUCCAGGCCGACAGCCGCGUGUACGCGUACGCGCCGUGCAACGUACAUCCCAACUGGGUCGUCUCCUCGGGCGGCAAGCUCACCGAGCUCGGCAGGGUGUACCGCGACGCCGUGCGUCAGUAC